GGCACUGUGGAGCCACAUGGAGAAUAAUUGAUGCUACAGGCUGUGGGGAGCUGUUCAUCGUUACUGGCGUGUUCCACCCUGUACAGGACCCAGUCUCAGCCAGGUCUGCCCAGAGAUCACAGUGUAUAGUACGUGUCAGGGGACUAUGCCAGGCCAGGCCAUGAAGGGCACACAGGCGGAACGACAGGGCGACAUUUUCCUGUUCGUUCCUUGAAGAUCCUGAGCAAUGGAGGCUGGAUCCGUGGUGCGAGCUGUCUUUGAUUUCUGCCCCAGCGUCUCCGAAGAGCUGCCCCUGUUUGUGGGGGACAUCAUAGAGGUGCUGCGGGUGGUGGAUGAGUUCUGGCUCCUUGGGAAGAAGGAGGGGAUCAGAGGGCAGUUUCCCAGCAGUUUUGUGGAGGCAGUGGAUAUUCCCAGUUUGAAGCAGGGGGAGAAGCUGUUUGUCUGCACCAAUGACUUCACGUCCCAGGAGCCGGGGAGCUUGUCACUGCAGAGAGGAGACCUGGUGAUCCUGAGUGGCUCCCCAGCCUCCAGUUGGCUCCAGGGUAGAAGCUGCUGGGGCUCCAGGGGCUUCUUCCCAUCCUCAUGCGUGCGGGAGCUUUGCCUCUCGCCCUGGGGCCGCCGGCUCUCUCAGAGCACUGACCUGAAGGUGCCUGCUGACUCACUGGGCCAAGCCCGAGCCUUGAUGAGCCUCUCUGCCCAGCUGGAGGAGGAGCUGGACUUUAGGGAAGGGGAUGUGAUCACCAUUGUCGAUAUCCCUGAGCCUGGCUGGUUCACAGGGGAACUGGGAGGUCGAAGCGGGAUUUUCCCAGAGGGUUUCGUGGAGCUGCUGGGUCCCUUGAGAGUGACAGGUGGCCCAGAGGAGCCGGGGCCCUACGAGCAUUACAGUGUUAAUGGCGUUGCAGACAUGCCCCCCCAGGAGGAGGGCAGGCAGGAAGGGAGUGAGAAGCCGCUGGGCACGUAUGGCAUUGCACUCUAUCAGUUCCAAGCGCUGGAGCCCCAGGAGCUGGAUUUUGAUGUGGGAGACAGAAUCCAGAUUGUGGGGGCACUGGAAGAUGGCUGGUUGGAGGGCUUGCUGAAGGGGAGACGUGGCAUUUUUCCUCACCGGUUUGUGAGGCUGGAGGGCUCUGCUCCCUGCAGGGAAAAGAGGGGCACUGGGAAGUUGCAGGAAGAGGGCAGCUGUGGAAUGGCCAUCCACCAGGACCCAGCAAGUGCCUGCGUUGGGGCCCUUCCCCUGCAAGGGGAAGAAGGGGAAGACCUGAGUGCCUGGGGCUCACACCAUGCUGAAGGGAAGUCCGGUACAACUUUGUUCCAAACACCAAUGAGGUCAGAGGGUCCUUCUGAUGUUGGGGUUGGACAGUGCAAGUCUGCAUCCUUGGAAGGGCACCCUCCCAGCACAGAGCUCCAGGGACCCCUUCCCAAGGACACAGUGGGCUCCCUCCCCAUUGACUCUGCAAAGGCUAUCAAUGGCAUUUUCCCCACCCCUCAGCUCCCUCCCCAGCCAAAGAGCAGACCCCGUUGCCAAGCAGUUGAAUUGGAGCCCAGCCAGAGCCCUGGGGCCUUGCAACGGCCCUUGGACAUCCCUGCUUCACCAGAGAGGGAGGGAGAGAGUCCCAGUGUGCCCCCAUGGGCACCAUGCUCCCCCCUGCGCAGUAGCAGGAGCCAAGUCUUCCCUCCUCCCAGCAGCUGGGCUGCAGCAGAGCCCGGAGAAGGUCGGAGGAGCACCCUUUUCCAGGACCUGGCCAGCUGGGUGGAAGAUCAAAGGCAGAAAUCUAAAUCCCGCUCUUCCAGCUUCAGUGGUGCCCAUGAGGGCUUGGAUACAUGGCCUGGUGCCCGAACAGACCGGCCCUCGCCCAUGCUGCAUGGAGACAGCUGCACUGACCUCGACUCCAAGCUGACAGAGCAGCUGGCACAAUUUGAGAAGAGCGUGACUAGCUCUGGAGCUGAGUCGGACAAGAAGGUCUCCCGCCACUUCUCCAUCCUGGACUACAGUUCAGAGAAGGACAUUGUGUGUGGCUCCCCAGAGUGUGCCCCCCAUUGGAGGCUGCCAGAGAGGAGGAAAGGCCUAAGGCCUCCACCUCCCCGCCCCAAUGCCCCAGCCCCAGCCGUUUCUCCCUCCUUCUCAGUGCGGCCCUCCCGGCCAGCCCCUCUCCCUCCUCCAAGCAGGCAGAGGAGGAACAUGGCCUCUCCACAGCUUCAGCACAGGAGCCAGCCCAGGCAGGAGCCACAGGCAGAGGCGGACCAGGGGGAUUCAGUUGGGGCAGCUGCACGUCAGUGCCCCUUUCUGCUGACAAGGAUCCGGGAGGUGGAACAAGACCUGGAGGCUUAUGGCAAGACUCGAGCUGAGCUGAACUCGAUGCUAGAGCAGCAGCAGGAUGAGCUGGUGAGAUCAGAGACCCUGGAGAACCUGGAUUUCUGUGACUCCAACAUCAAAAGCCUCAACGCAGAGUUGCAGGAGCUGAGAGAAAUGACCCUCCUUUCCUCUCAAACUGUGUCCCUGGAGGCAGCAUCUGGCGCAGCUGCCACUGAGAAGCAAAGGAUGCUAGAGAAGAGGUCGAAGGUCAUUGAGGAACUUCUUCAGACAGAACGGGAUUAUCUCCGAGACCUGGAGAUGUGUGUGGAGCAGAUCAUGGUGCCUCUGCAGCAGGCGCAGGUGCAGAGUGUGGACUUCGAGGGGCUCUUUGGAAAUAUUCAGAUGGUGAUUAGCUUCUCCAAGCAGCUGCUGGGCGCCCUGGAGGCUGGGGAUGCUGUUGGGCCAGCAUUCCUGGCGCACCAGGCAGGGCUGGAAGAGGUGUACAAAGUGUAUUGCCAGAACCACGAUGAGGCUAUUGCACUGCUGGAGGCCUACGAGAAGGACGAGAGGAUCCAGAAACACCUGCUGGACUCCCUGGAGAACCUCAGGAGCCUGUACAGUGAGUGGGGCUGCACAAACUACAUCAACCUGGGCUCCUUCCUCAUCAAGCCUGUGCAGAGGGUGAUGCGAUACCCACUGCUGCUGAUGGAGCUGCUGAGCGCCACACCCGAAUCACACCCUGACAAGGCACCACUCACUGCUGCAGUCCUUGCAGUCAAAGAGAUCAAUGUCAACAUCAACGAAUACAAACGUCGCAAGGACCUGGUGCUGAAGUACCGAAAAGGGGAUGAGGACAGCCUCAUGGAGAAAAUCUCCAAGCUCAACUUCCACUCCAUCAUCAAGAAAUCCAACCGUGUCAGCAGCCACCUCAAGCACCUCACAGGCUUCGCCCCCCAGCUGAAGGAUGAGGCCUUUGAGGAGACGGAGAAGAAUUUCCGGUUGCAGGAGCGGCUGAUCAAAUCCUUCAUCCGAGACCUUUCCCUCUACCUGCAGCAUAUCCGGGAGUCGGCCUGUGUGAAGGUGCUGGCAGCUGUGAGCAUGAGGGACUUGUGCAUGCGGCAGGGCAGUGGGGAUCUGGAGCAGUUCCAGAAAGUGCAUCAACUCAUCAGCGAUCAGCUCUUCUCCAGCUUUAAAGAGAGGACGGAGCGGCUGGUGAUCUCCCCUCUCAACCAGCUGCUGAGCAUGUUCAUGGGGCCGCACAAGCUGGUGCAGAAACGCUUUGACAAGCUCCUGGACUUCCACAACUGCACGGAGCGGGCGGAGAAGCUGAAGGACAAACGGACACUUGAGGAGCUGCAGUCGGCUCGCAACAAUUAUGAGGCGUUGAAUGCCCAGCUGCUAGAUGAGCUGCCCAAGUUCCAGCGCUUUGCCAAGGAGCUGUUUGCCAGCUGCUUGCGGGGCUAUGCCAGGGCUCACUGCGACUUUGUGCACCUGGCACUGGGGGAGCUGAGACCACUGCUGUCGCUGCUGCGAGUGGCUGGCAGGGAGGGGAACCUCAUCGCCAUCUUCCAAGAGGAGCACAGCCGAGUUCUCCAGCAGCUCCAGGCCUUUACCUUCUUCCCGGAGUCCCACACGGUUGCCAAGAGACCCUUUGAUAGGAGGAGCGUGGAGCACCAGUCUGCCAGGAGGCAGCCACUCCUGGGCCCACCCAGCUACGUGCUGCAGUCGGAUGAACUCCGAGCUGCCCUCCUGGCCAGGUACCCCCCGGAGAAACUCUUCCAGGCAGACCGCAAUUUCAACGCAGCCCAGGACCUGGAUGUCUCGCUGCUGGAGGGUGAUCUCGUGGGCGUUCUCAAGAAGAAGGACCCCAUGGGCAGCCAGAACCGCUGGCUCAUUGACAAUGGAGUGACCAAAGGCUUUGUAUACAGCUCCUUCCUGAAGCCCUAUAACCCACGUCGCAGCCACUCGGACGUCUCGGUGGGCAGCCACUCCUCCAAUGAGUCUGAACACAGUAGCUCCUCACCCCACAGCAGCAACACCCUGAUCAUCAACUCCAGUGGCAUGACCAUGACCUUCACCCAGAAACCUCUGCAGGACUCUGCCUCUCCAGCGGAUCCAUACCAUUCCCUGAGGUCCCCCUCCGAGACAGAUGCUGCCUCCCCGCCCCAGGCUGGCUCCUCUGGUAGAACGGUUCCCAUGGAAUCCAACCCGCAGCCCAACAUGACACCAGCUCACCGACACGACAGUCGCCCGGAGCCGAACAGCAGCUCCAGCGCCCGCAGUGGGCACCCUGCCAAAGCAUACCUCAGGCCGGCGCCUUCGCUGGAGGACAGAGACUCGGGGCUGGAGAGCAGCGAGUCUGAGGGCAACCAGGUCUAUUAUGCUGUCUACACCUUUAAAGGCCGAAGUCCAAAUGAGUUGAGUGUUUCAGCCAAUCAGAGACUCAGGAUCCUACAGUUUGGAGAUAUCACGGGCAAUCGAGAGUGGUGGUUAGCUGAGGUGCAUGGGAGGCAGGGCUACGUGCCGUCCAGUUACAUCCGGAAGACAGAGUAUACGUGAGGCUGUACCAUCCCCACAGAGAGAACCAAGUUCUGGUGCCUUAAUCCCAGCUGGACCAUGUCAGAGACUUGGGGGGGGAGGGCUCUGUGACCCCUGCUGGGCUGAGUCAGCGUGUGAAACACCAACCCUCCUUGCCCGUGGUGCUGGACGGUCCAGGACCGGCAGGGGCUCUGCCCCGCCCAGGCUGCAGGCAGUUGGCGUGGUGACCGUGGCUUGGCCAGGGGCAGGGAGGUUACAGUGCAGCCUGUGCAGCAGGAAUUCAUGUUGCCGCCUGUCCUGUCUCUUCCUCCUAGCAGGGCAAGUAGCUUCCCCUUAGAUCUAGCUGCUAGAAGCUGGCUGGGCCUGACUGGGCAGAGCAAAGCCAACUCCCUGGAGGAAGUGGCCUCCUCACGCGGGCCACAGUGCUGCUUCCUGCCUGUGUGCGGCAUUUCCUUUUCCUUCAGGGUUUCUGGUUUAAUGCAGAUUCCCUCUUUAGCCAAGUACCGUUAAAAGCAACCAGGGCUGUUGAGAACAGGAGCCCCACAGCUCCUCAGCAAUGAGCAUUGGGAGCACGGGCCAGGCUCCCUCACCGGGCAGGGGGGUAGACUGUAGCUGGGAAGUUGGGGCUGGAGUACGGUACCUGCUCAGGGUGGGAUUCUGCCCCUUCCCCCGCUCCAUAUAGAGGACCCAGGUUAAGCCAUUUGAUUCCACAGCUGGGGAGACCCAUCUCCCCAGAACUGCGUGCCUCCCUUGGGGGAGCUGCUGGUCUCCUAGGGUAUUUCCUGCUGCCCAUGGCCCUGUAACUCGCAGCGCAGACAGGCUCACAUGCUCAGCUGAAUCAUGGGCGAUGGGCAGGGCUAGCUUCCCAAGUCCAAGCCCCCCAAGCCUGCUGGGCCCUAUCUUGGACGGCUAGCCUGUGCUGCAACAGCCCCUCUGCUGGUGUGAAUUCCCAGUACGGGCUGAACGUGCGCACGUGGGAUCUGCCCAUGCUGGGAAUUCACACCUCCUCCCUGCAGUGGAGACAUCCCGGGGUGGGGCGCUCCCAAGCCCUCGUUUCAGGACUAGCAGCACCCCGCUGCUGUGGGAGAUACGUGAUACUCCUUCCCACAGCGCCCAGCUGAGUCCAGUCCUUCAGAUGAGCCAAAGGUAAGACAACAGCCUCACCACCCUGUCACUCGAGCCAUUUCCCCUCCUCACCCCGGCCCGCCACCAGAACUUGGGAGUCCGUCCCUUUGCUCUGACAUGCAUCCCAGAGUGCUGUGAGGGGCUGGUGAGACUCAGGCAGAUCCUUUGGCAAGAGUGUAGGUUAAAGGCAUCAGCACCCCAGACUGCCUGCUAGGCUCUGGCCGGGUGCCCCCGGAAUGGGGCAGUACUGUUGGAAGGGUUGUAUUUGGGGGCUGCUGCUCCUGGCCCAAGAGACACUUUCCUCCCCCCCCCGACUCCCCUGCGCUCUGACAACAGUGUCUGUGUCCCCUAAGUAAAGUGUCUCCCUUGGUGGUGGUGCUCAGGUUUGUUUGCAUCAAGCGCCAUGUUUCUGGGCAGGCACAUGCACAUGGCAACGCUGUAAGAGCUGCACAUGGGCCCCUGCAGCCCAGGCCGCAGCGACAAACUGGAGCAGCAGCCGCCCUGCUGCUUGCUGAGAGACUAACACAAAGUUUGGGACCCGUGCCCAGAAGCUGCUGGAGUACAACAGUUUAUAUGGCAAGAAUCCAGCAAAUGGCGUGUAGUCAGAUGGCACAGCUCCUGUGCAGAGGCGAUAGGGCGUGCAAGGACAACCAGAAUAGCUGUUCCAGGCCUUAGACCCCAGCGUCACACUGGAGCCAUGUUUCUGCUUCAGCUUGCAACUCACAAUGGAGCCCUGCAGAGCAGCAAACCGGUGCUUAGGCAAACCCUGUGCCUCCUCUGUCCUCCGCCCCUACUGCUGGACUAGGCCCAGGCUUUAGCAAGAUUCCUCAGCAACUCCCCCCGCCCCCCUAAGUAAAAUCACAAACAAGUGUUUAAAUACCCUUUAUAGAGAGAGAAUUGCAACCACACACUUAAUGGGACUCCUCAGGGCUCCUGCCUGGACGAAUGAGCACCAGCAGGGACCAGGGGAGUGUCAAGUUGUUGGGUGGGCUUGGAGCAAAGCCCAGAGACUGACACUGACUCCAAGUCUUGCAGUGGGGGGGCGGGGACAGCCCAGGGUUGCAGUCACCUUUCAUGGGCAUGGAGCUAAGUUUUGCCUGUGCAUCCAGAUAUUAGUAUCAGGAAAUUCUGUUCUAUGUAGAUUUUAUACUGCCCUCAUCAGUGAGGUGUCUGCAUUAAAGCCGUGGGUCUAAUGUGUCA